GUUUGCCUGGCGCAUGCUCAGUUACUGACCUUCCUGUAUCAACUGUUGCAGGUAGCUUGUGUACCGUUCCCUUUGUAUCAAUCGUUUGAAACGUUGUCAUUCAACCAUGAGUGGGAAUCUGUUUCGAGCCAUCAUUAUGGGCGCAGCUGGGUCAGGCAAAGGGACAAUUGCGAACAGAAUUGUGAAGGAUUUCGGCUUGAAGCAUCUGUCUAGCGGUGACCUUCUAAGAGCACAAAUGAUUGCUAAAACAGCUGCUGGUAUGGAGGCUAAAAAGUUCAUUGACCAGGGAGCCUUAGUGCCAGAUGGUCUGAUGGUAGAACUGAUCUCAAGCGAGUUAAAAAAGAUGAGUGAUGUUUCUUGGCUUCUGGACGGUUUCCCCAGAACUCUCUACCAGGCUGAAGCUCUGCAGGAGAGAGAACCUGUGAAUGCAGUGGUCAAUCUUAAUGUCCCUUUUGAGAUCAUCAUAGGCCGAGUAAAGGAUAGAUGGGUUCAUCUGCCCAGUGGAAGAAUAUACAACACUGAAUUCAGUCCUCCCAAGGUCCCUGGUAAAGAUGAUGUCACAGGUGAGGAUUUAGUUCAGAGAGAUGAUGACAAGCCAGAGACUGUGAGGGCCAGACUUGAGUCCUACGAGAAAAUAACCCGUCCAGUGCUGGAGUUUUACAAGAAAAAGGGAAUUCUGAUGGAGUUCACAGGUAAAUACUCCAAUGAGAUUUGGCCCCAUGUCCACAAGCACCUGGCUAACCUGACCCCAGCUCUCCAGUACACCGAUUAUGGCAAGGGGGGAGUCUAAGGGAACAGCAGCUCUGGAGUACAGUUUGUGGCAAGGGGGGGGGGGUCUAAAAGAACAGCAGCUCUGCAGUACACAGUCUGUAGCAAGGGAGAGUCUAAAGGGAACAGAUUGGAGUUUGGAAAAGAAAGAUAUUACAAUUGUUCAUUUAAAACUGCAAGAAAAACUUUGAUUGGAAAUUGUUUUAAGGAAACAAUCAUGAGGCCUCACGUACAUAUAGCCGAAAAUCCAUAUUAUACAUGAAAAAAUGAUUGAUAUGUUUAUGUCCAUUAAUUAUACCCAGUAAAAUUGAAUUGUUAACACUGUUAGUGCUCUGAAUUGGCAGUCUUAUUAUUUAUUUCUUGUAUUUUCAGUAUUUUUAAAGAAUUCUUUAUGGCGCAGUUUUUAAUAUAGGCACCUUUUGCUGUAAUAUAGUAGUUUACAGAAACAUUUUCUACCUGGUAUUGCAAUGAUAUAAACACUAAAUGAGCUGUCUUGCUGCAGGUUUGGCAGGAUUUGAAAAAAUGGUUGGAAUAAAAAAUGUACAAUAACUUUCAAA